AUGAUCGGAAUCAAACAAACACCGUUGGCGUUGACCAUCACCAUCAGCUGCUGCCUAAUAGCUCUUCUCCCUGUGCAUAUAUCGGCGAACGAUAAUUUACGGGUCGCGUAUCAAUGGAAAGAAAUUGACUUCGAGUUUCCAAAUGCCGCCGAGCGCCAGGAAGCGAUCGAGACUAAACGUUACGUUCCAGAAAAUGUGAUACCGGUCGGAUUGGAAGUCUACAAGAAACGACUAUUUCUGACACUACCUCGAUGGAAGGAAGGUAUUCCAGCAUCCCUUGGAUACAUCAACCUCAACGAAACUACCGCCCAAUCGCCUCGACUGCAUCCGUACCCAAGUUGGGGUGCGCAUAAACGCACGAGCGAAACCGAGGCUCCAGAAAUUGUAUCUCCCUUUCGGAUACGAGCUGACCGCUGCGGACGCCUUUGGGUGCUGGAUACUGGAGUUGAAGAGCUGCUUGGUAACACCACCGUCACGAGCCCAACGUCGCUCCUAGUCUACGAUCUGCACAACGACAAUCUCUUGCGAAGAUACAAAUUUCCCGCCGAUCAUCUCAAGGAGAAUUCCUUCUACGCCAACAUUGCGGUGGAAGACACGGAUUGUGACGACACGUUUGCAUAUGCUGCUGAUCUCGGCAGCCCGGGACUGGUAGUAUACUCCUGGAAGCAACAGGAAUCGUGGCGUGUGAAGCAUCACUACUUUCAUCCCGAUCCGCUCGCUGGUAACUAUAACAUCACCGGCAUUAACUUCCAGUGGGACGACGGGCUAUUCGGCAUUGCGCUCAAACCACAAUCGGACGGCUACGCUACGCUUUACUUCCACCCGCUCAGCUCACUGAAUGAGUUUGCCGUGUCAACGAAAGUGCUGCGCAACCAAACGUAUGCUACCGACCCGUCCAACUACCAUGAGUUUAAGAUACUGGGAUCUCGCGGCCCUAAUGGUCAGGCGGGUGUGGCGUUUGUCGAUCAGAAAACGGGUGUACUUUUUUACGCCCUGCCCAACCUAAAUGCCGUCACGUGCUGGAAAACGUCCAACCGUGCGUACACAAUCAAAUCGCUCGGGCGGGUAUACAUGAGCACCGUCGAUAUGGUGUUCCCCAACGACGUAAAGGUGGAUGACGAAAGUAACCUCUGGGUGCUGUCCGAUCGACUCCAUCAGUACAUGUACGAGUCGCUGAAUCGAAACGAUAUCAACUUCCGUGUUCUUACGGCAACGGUUAAAGACGCAAUUCAAAACACGGCUUGUGAUACGAAUAUUAAGCCGUUGCCAGACAUUAUUACCAAUUUGGGUGACAUUUUGCGACCCUCGACGAGCACCGUGGCACCCAAGACGGGUUCUAGUGGUGCCGAUUCAUCGCACUUAUCUACCAGCGCGAUGAUUCUGUUCUCGAUGCUUGUCGCCUUGUUGACGGGUUUCUCCUGCUUCAGGAUAUAG